AUGGCGAGCCCCGCACGCCCGCGGCAGGAGCUGGCGGCGGAGGAGCGGCGGCUCCGCGGCGCGGCCCCGACGGUGCCCCGCGACGCCAAGCGGGUGGCGGCGGGGGAGCGGCUGGUGCUGGUGGAGCUGCGCCGCUGCGGGCGGCCGCCGUCCCCCGGCCCCGGCGAGCGGCGGGAGGAGGGGGCUGAGGAGGAGGAAGAGGAGGAGGAAGAAGCGGCGGCGGGCGAAGACUGUUGCAGCAAGUGCAAGAAGCGGGUGCAGUUCGCCGACUCGCUGGGGCUGAGCCUGGCCAGCGUCAAGCACUUCAGCGACGCCGAGGAGCCGCAAGUGCCGCCCGCCGCGCUGUCCCGCCUGCAGACCCCGCCCGCCGAGGAGCGGGACCCGCCGCCGCCCGGCGAGGACCCCGCGCCGCCCGCCCUGCGCCUGGUGCCCGACUUCCCCGACGGCGGGGAGCCCAGCGCCGAGCGGCUGCGGCGGCAGCGCGUCUGCCUGGAGCGGCUGGGGCGGCCCCCGGCGCCCACCGACGUGCGGGGCACGGUGCGAGUGCUGGGCUGCCCCGGCCCCAAGGAGGUGACGGUGCGCUACACCUUCAACGAGUGGCUCUCCUUCGUGGACGUCCCGGCCGCCCCCCUGCCGCCGGCCGCCGGCGACCCGCCGGCCGAGCGCUACGGCUUCUCCCUGUGCGUCCCGCCGAGCCUGCGGGAGGGCUCGGCCCUCCACUUCGCCAUCCGCUACCGCAGCCCGCAGGGCGAGUACUGGGACAACAACGGCGGCCGCAACUACACGCUGCGGUGCUGCGUCCCCGGGGGCGGCCCCGCGCCCCCCGCCGCCGGCAGCCCGCCGCCCCCCGCCGCCCCCUGCUACUGAUGCCGGCCGGGCGAGGGGAGCUGCGAGGACCCGGCCGGGCAG